GGACAAAAUAGUUUUUUUUUUAAAAAUAAACGUUUACAGAGACAACUAUUCACGUACCCACAACUACAAGAUGUUCUUCAUACAACCUAUCCAUAAAUUGACUUACCAUAAUGACUGUGAAAACGGUAUUCGGUAGAGUAUGUGAUAAGUAGACGAGUCGUUCUACUAGUUUUUGAUAUUGUCGAACAUCAACAAGCUUUCCUUAGUGAUAUUCUCAGUUUCUUGUUGGCGUCUAUUGGUCAGCAAGCACCCAUCCCGGUUUCUUUGAGAAAAUCAAGAUUGUAUUUUCUCGAAGAGUCCAUCCUUUGUCCUUCAGACUUCAAUGCACGAAAUAUACUUCGUCUCUCUCAGAUCUUUCAGUUCAAAUUCUUCAGAGUCAAAAUUUCAUCCGUUACUCCUCACGAUCAUCACGUGUGCUAUUAAAACUGUUGGUUUAAAGGUGAGUAAACAAAGUAUGGUCAGAUUGAGCUUGAGCAUAACUGUGGGCCUGUGGCUCUUGACAACUUUUCUAGAUCUAUUAAGCGAUGCUCUCGGCGACUCUCUUAAUCCACACACAGUUUUUUUUAGUUUGCACACUUUUGAACCAAAGCUAUUUUCAAACCCAGGUGGUGGUUCCAUGUAGACGUCUUCUACUAAUUGUCCGUUAAGAAGACAUUUUUCACAUCGGAUUGCCUCAAAGGCUAGUCCAGGGGAGAGAGAAUUAACAUGAACUACAAAUUCUUUAUUUAAAAUGGAAAGUGACAAAGUUAAGGGGACAAUUAAAAAAAGAAAGCUAGCAAAACUGUAAGGGACCAAAGGAGUAUGUUUUUCAAUUCGAAUAGUUUUGGAAUACAAAUACUCUACACACACAACCCCACAAUAAAUAUAUAAUAUAUUCUACAAAAACUAUAAUACAAUAUAAAAUAUGUAUAACAUAUAGAUCCAGCUAGGGAUGCACUUGGUUCCGGUGGACCUUGUCCUUUCAUUUUUUUUCAUUUCCAUGUUGGAAAAUUUGAAGUAUUUCAAAUGAAAAAUAAAUAGAUAAAACUUGUUUUUAUUAUUUUAAAACAUUUUAAUUGUUGCUCCUUAGCUAAGCACGUUACAAUAGUGCUAGCAAGAGUAGAAUUAAUAUUAUUAAAUAAUAUUUGCUCCUAACGUUUUGAGAAUUAGUGGGAGUUGGAGGAUUUUUCAACUUUGAUCUCAACAUUGAUUACAUUUAUUAUUAUAAACGUUAGUACUUAGUACUCAACGUUCCAAUCAAGCAUGGAACAACGUUCAACUUUUAUGUAUAUAUAUAGAUGUGUUCGGCCAUGCUUGGGGUGGCUAAGAAAAAAGAUUAUUGAGCCUAACAUCCCCUAAUAUUUCACUCUGUUGGAUUAAUGAUUUUCUACUCUCGUUGUUCUGUUAUCGGCUUACGUCGAAGAGCUCGUUUUAUCUUGGGGAAAUGUUUUCGCUAGUCGGAAAUACUUUUUUGAGGACAGCGUUUACGUGACUCGAGCUAUAUUAUUUUCUAACGCUUUUUUGCAGGUUUAUCCGACCAAUUUCCAACAACAAUCUCAAGAAAGUAGUUAGCGUCGGAUAUGCCUGCACGGCUGCACGCAUGAUCUCACAAGGUGUUGCUGUCGCACUCAUCGCGGCUAUGCUAAUUUUGCAUGUGUGGUGCGAUUUAGACUGGUAUUUGGAUAUAUUCCUACGUAUAAUGUUUACUCUUUUUUUUUCCUACUUACAAUAAGCCAUACUUUACACCAUUUUUUAAGAAAAAUGUUAUUCAUUUAUUUAGUGGUAAAAUGACAACUAUGGAAAACAAC